AUGGAUGGCAGAAAAAAACUUAGUGGAGCUGAAUACAGAAGAAUUGCUAAAGAAAAACGAAAAAAAGAAAGCGAUGUGCUGUCGCUAACGCUAAAAUUAGAAACGUUAUUCAACAAAUCUAAUGUUAAUGUUAGUAUUAUAGUGAAUAGUGAUAAAGAGGACUCAAAAGAAAAAUCAGAAAAGAGACCAAGAAUGAAAAGAAAAAUGGCUGAUGAAUUGUGCAAUGAUGAAGCUCUGACAAGCGUUGAAAAUAUGUACCAAGUGACUAUGUUAGAAAUCAUUGACAGAGUGAUUACAGAACUUAGUGACAGAUUUGAAUCUUUGAAUAAUAUAAACAGUAUGUUUGGGUUUUUGAGUGGUGUUAAAAUUGAAGAAAUGCAGACAGCAGAUCUAAAAAUUAAAGCCGAAAAUUUGGCAAAUAUAUACUCAGCUGAUCUCAACAUUGAUGAAUUCAUGUUUGAAAUAGAAAGUUUUAAGCAUCACGCUUUGACAGUUGACAAAAACAACAGCGAAUGUAACUAUGUAACCAGAUCAAACUGGUUCUUAGACGUCUUAUCUUGGUCGGCUUAA